AUUUUCAACAAAGAUGGCAGAUCCUACAAGCGCACCCCUUGAAUGCCCGUUGUUUAAUGGUGACGUUACAAAAUGUAAUACUAUUUAUGGGAUCCGAAAGGCUCUAGCUGCCCUCUCUUUAAUCGGAUGUGUUUUCAUGAUAACAGUGAUCUGGAUCUUUAAGAAGUAUGAACUCUUUGUACAAAGACUGAUCCUGUGGCUCACAGUAGCAGCAUUCUUUGGAAGUAUAUCAAAGUUUUUGGAAAGCCCAAGAGAAGACAGUGCUGUCUGUAAUUUUGAAGGGUGGUGGACACAAUUUUGGGACUGGGUGACAUUGAUGUGGGUCAGCUGUAUAACCUUUAACCUUUACUUGAUUACAAUAUGGAUGAUCAACACAGAGAGAAGAGAAAUAAUAUACCAUCUCGUGACCUGGGGGUUUUCAUUUCUCAUGGCUUGUCUACCAUUGAUUGGUAAUCAUUAUGGACCAGCUGGGGCAUGGUGUUGGAUACCGGCAGAGUACCCAGUAUGGCGUUUCUUCAUCUGGUAUGGGCCACUCUUUUUGCUGAUAAUUCUGAUGUUUGCUGUCUAUGCAUAUAUUACAUACAAGCUGAGAAAAAGGAUACGAAGUUGGCAGGGGACUUAUGAACCUGAAAUAGAGCGAAAUAGACAGCUAAUACGAGAGGAGAUCAAGCCGCUCAGAGCGUACCCGUUUAUUUAUCUUGUGCUUUCUAUAUUUCCGCUAAUAAACAGGAUUCAGAACGCCGUGAAUCCUGAUAAUGCCGUCUUCGUGUUAUAUCUCUUCCACGCUUUGUCUGCUCCGCUGGUUGGUCUGAUUAAUGCUAUCGUUUAUGGCCUCGAUCCAGAGACGCGAAGUCGUUUAACAUGGACGCAAAUAAAGCUUGCACUCAAAUCAAGACGAGCCGAGAAAGCCGUCAUCAAGGAGUACACCAUUCACUCAGACAUUCCGGCCCCGGAUGCCCCACCCACAGAGAUCCCCGACCUAGCCAGCCCCGAUGAUAAUCUCACAGACAGACCCUUUGACCAGCCCUCGGUGCAAGGGGACAAGAAGAGCACUGCUGAAGAAGGGGAUGUGAUAGCAGGAGAAGGAGGCGCCAGUGGGGUUAAUGAUGGGGAGGCGACCAUUGAAAUUGUGUGAAUUAGAUAACGUCAAAAAAAAUUUCGCAUGCCAAGGAGUUCCAAAUUUGAAGGUUCCAGACCUAGCCAACCUCGGCCCUGAUGAUAAUCUCACAGACAGACCCUUUGACCAGCCCUCGAUGGAAGGGGAUAAGAAGAGUGCUGGUGAAGGAGAAAGGGGGUUUGACAGAGAGGGAGGAGCCA